UAACUGCUAAUUUCAUGAAUGACUCUUUGAGAUCUUUGUCAACUAAUGAUUCUUUAGAAGGGCAGACUAGAAAAAAAAAGAAAAGCAAUGCUACAUCUAAAAAGACUAAUCGUCCUCAAAAUAUUAGUUAUACUGAAGUCGUUGAUUUACUUAAUCCAUAAAAUUUAUUCAUUAACAAAAAUCUAGAAGAAGAAUUUAAUACUAUUGAAUUGUAUGAUUAUCAUUUAUUAUAAUAGAAUUCCUGAGACUUCUUAUUUUCCUCACUUCAAAUUUAUUUUAGAUGAAAAUUUAACUUGUACAGAAACAAAAUGGAGACGUUUACCAACACUUAUUAAAUUAACAUAAUGA